ACCUCCUUUCCCUUCUUCAUUGUGCAGUCUCCCUCCCCCACCACUCUCUCUCUCUACAGCCUAUCUUUAAAUCCUCGUUGUUUGAUUAUAUAAACAGGUCAAAUUCGAAGUGGGUUUCUGAAGAAAAUAGAUUCGUCCUCAUAAUCUUCUUCUUCUUCUUCAACACAGAAGUAGUUCUCGUUGCUGUUGUAUCAAUUAGCUCUGGGAAAUAACUUUACCUUAUGAACCAAAACAGCUUUCCGAGGAAACAAGGAGUACAACAGCUAUUUAUCUAGCAUGCGGUGUUGACACCUCCAAGUCUUAGGUCAUUGUGCAGUCUCAUGUCCGUGCCCAUGCAUAACUGAUGUGGUUACUAAGUGCUGUUACACCAGUUGGCUGGCUGAAUUAAAUGAUUCAAUUCAAAGAGAAGUCUCGCAAGGCAGUGCGUUAUGGUAUGUCCAAGUCGGAUCGUUCAUAGAUGUCCAAGUCAGAUCCUUCUGAUCAGUCUCGAAUCAAUCUUCUCGGCCCUAAAUGUGUGAUAAAAAACAAGAUAAAGCGCCGCAAAACUGAUUCACUCCCUGGGUUGGAAUUUGACAAUUCUGAUAGACCAGAAUGCAACCAUCUUCUAUCAGUUUACCAGCCCGUUGCAGGAAAAACAGAUGAGGUCGGGAAGUUGGAUAUCAUGUCUGAUUCAGCUUACUUGGAUAGAGUUUCGGUUGAUGGAGCUACAAAGCUGCUGAUAUAGCAGAUGCUACUUAUCAAGUUAUGGGAUUCUUGCGAAGAUGAGAAGAAACAAUACUGCUGCAAGAAUUGGUGGGAAGAGGCCAGUGAGAAAGCAACCUUAAUUUGAAAAAGGAGGCCCUCCUUGGAAAGAUUGUUUUAUUGCCCCCCAGCCACCUUUACUAUUAAUGCAACGUUAACAGCAUUUUCUUUCGUGUAAUCACAGAGAAUUUCUACGAGCAAGGAACUUGUGUCCUUUUCUUGUUUUAGGAUCCGAGCACAGAUCAAAUGGUUUCCGCUCUUUAUAAAGUGCCCAUACUUCCCCUUCUCGUGUAUAUAGUUCAAACAGUUAUUUUGAAUCAUGAUAUUCUUGAGAC